AUGGGCGAGUACGUGGACGAUAGCUUGACGGCAAGAGAGCUCGAUUUGAUAUGUGGGGCGUAUCUUUGCAUUGACGAGAGAACGGGGCAGACCGCUAUGAAGUCUUGGUGGCCGCUUGCUCGAGCAUACGAGCGUGCGGAUUGUGGAGAUAACUACGGUCGUUGGUGCAGCCGGAGGGAGGAUUGGUAUUUGAGACGGCUACGCAACAUAGAGAAUGGUGUGGAGAAUUCGGACCAGCCUAUCGCAUUUCAGCAGUGGAAGACAGCCAUGCGGGGCGUUGGACCUAUACGCAAAUUCCACCUGAGCAUACAUUCGUCGUCCAAUGCUUUCAUUGAAGGGCGUAUUCAAAACUUGUCUCUGGAAAAAUUAUCAAAAGCCACGGUGUGGUGGAGAUUUGGUUCUGGCCGUGGGCUGCUUCGAAUGGUCGAAACCAGAUACUACUAA